GCCACACCAGCCAGCCAGGCAGGAGCUUGCCUUUUGCAUAUGGAGGCGGAGGAGCUUUCUACAUUGUUUUCUGCAGGAAACUGGCAGGUGGCUUUUGAUGCGGAGGAUCCAGGUGGCAAGGGAGCGGAUGAGGCAGCCUUGUUGUCUCUCUAGGAUUUUGCUUCCUGUCCUGUGAAGUCAGUUCAGUGGGACCCCUCAGACAGACAGACAGACAGACCUGGCCAGGCAUGAGGGGGGUCCCCCCAGGGCCUGAAGGACAGGCUGGAUGUGAGGGGAGAGGACGGGAGGAAAAGCCUUGCCCUGUUGGAGGGAAUGGGCACGUUUGAAGCCAGAGUUUGAACGAGCCAGUUUGGAGCAGCUGCCUUCGAGUUGAGGCCUCCCCGUGUUGGGGCGGCUGGUGGUGACGCCGGCCUCCCACAAUUAGCCUGCUGGCUGCAGUUAAAUGAGCAGGAGUCCUGGGCUGCCUUAGUCACGCCUUUCUCUUCAUCCCCAUUUUACAGAAGAGGAAGUAGAGGCUCAGAGGUUGGAAAGCUCGCCCCGGGAUACACAGCGGGAAGAAGGGGACACCGGAACGUUCCUGUGAAAACGGGGGGUGGGGCACACAACCCCAAGACUGCCCUUGACCACCUUCAGCCAAGCUAUGUAUGACAGAGGCCCCCCUGGCCUACUGUCUCCAGCGCUGCCUCUUGCCUCCUCAGUCCUGAUGCUGCUCAUGAGCUGCCUGUGGCUGGUGGGGGCCGGUCCCAGCCUGGCCCUGGCCCCAGAGCUGCUGCUGGACCCCUGGCAGGCACACCGGCUGCUGACCCAUGCUCUGGGUCACACGGCCCUACCCAGCCUGCUCCUGAGUCUGCUGCUCCUGCCCGUGCUGGGCUGGCGGCAGGAGUACCACCUGGGCACGCUGCGGUUCCUGCACGCCUCCACCCUACUCGCCCUGGCUGCCGGGCUAAUGGCGGUGCUGCUGGCAGGCCUCGGGGUGUCCGCUGCAGCCGGUGGCUGCGGGUACAUGCCCGUCCACCUGGCCAUGCUAUCAGGGCAGGGGUACCACCCUAGAGGGCUCCAUGGGGCGGUGCCACCGUGGCUGUUGCCAUGGUUGCUGCUUGCCCUGACACCACUGCUCACCUCCGAGCCACCCUUCCUGCAGCUCUUCUGCGGCCUCCUGGCUGGCCUGGCCUAUGCAGCCGGGGCCUUCCAGUGGCUGGAGCCCUCUGAGCGGAGGCUGCGGGCGCUGCAGGGCUUCCUGUGCAGGGUCUUGGGGUGCUGGCCACUCCGGCUCCUUCCCGCCCCAGGCAGUGUGGCUGAGCUGCCCGUCACCCUUCCUGGAGUGAGGCUUUCUACCCCUGGACCUCCGUACGCGGCCUCGUCUAGUCUCUGGUCUGACAGUGAAGGCUCAGGCCCACUCCCACCAGGCCUGGGGCCUGUGCAGCCGAACUGGGAGGGCUCCUCAGAGGCUGGCCUGGCCUGGCCUGGGCCCAGCUUUCCUCCCGGCUCCCCGCUGUGGGCAGCCCUCGAUGAGCAGAUGCUGCAGGAGGGGAUCCAGGCCUCGCUCCUUGAGGGGCCAGCCCAGGUUCCCAGGAGCCCGCUCUGGCUGCCCAAGUCCUCUGUUUCCUCUCUACGGCUGCAGCAGCUGGAACGCAUGGGCUUCCCCAUGGAGCAGGCCGUGGUGGCGCUAGCAGCCACAGGUCGUGUGGAGGGUGCGGUGUCACUGCUGGUCAGCGGGGAGGUGGGCACUGAGGCCCUGGUGACUCAGGGGAGGGGUGGGCUCGCCCACCCUGAAGGUCCUGGGCCCCCCUAGCACAGGCCGGCCCUCAGGCGACGAGAGUCCUUGCCCAUGGUUACACAGAGUUCCAGCCCCAAGUACUAAGUCACGUGGGCGCAGGGGAGGCCCCUCACGCCCUGCACUGUGUAGAAUAAAAACCGGUUCUUUUCAACCUGGACUCCUUGGG